AGAAUGAGUGAUGUUUGGUUAAAUGAAUUCGAGAAUGCUAGUAGAGUGUUGAAUCAAUUGUCAUCAGAGGUUAAGGAUUAUGAGGUUGCACAGAGGAACAAUCCAGCAUUGGUACAAAGACAGACUGCACCAAACAUUAGAAGAAACCUUGUCAACUUGUCAAACGACUUGAACAGAUUGAUUGAUACACUCACCUAUGGCAACCUGCGAAUCACAGAGAAGGAGUCACUGCGACGUCGUGCCACCGUCGAGCAACUCAUCACCAAGAAGAACAACCUAGCAUCUCAAUUCGAAGCUGCUGCCAACAAUACAUCAGCAAAGUAUGUGUAUAUAACAAUGAAUGAUCUUAUGGGAGACGCAAGUGGAAAGAGAGCAUGGGGAAAGCAAUCAAAGGAGACAGAGUAUACAAAGGAUAUGGACAAUCAACAACUAUUCAACAAACAGAAUCAAGUAAUGGAUGAACAAGAUCAGACCUUAGACCUUCUAUCUGGUUCAUUGCUCAGACAAAAGAAUAUGGCAACAGCGAUGAACUCUGAACUGACGAACCAAAAUCUGAUGUUGGAUGAUGUAGAGUCUGGAGUGACAAAAGUAUCCAGCAGAUUGGUCAGCACAAACAAUAAGAUGGAAACACUUAGACAGAAUGCAGGCAGUUGUGGAUUGAUACUUGUUAUUGUUCUUUUGAUUAUAGUUAUUAUUAUAUUGUUGGCAACAGACUCUGGAUGUAAGAUAUAUAAUGAUCCCAAGCAUUGUCCAUAG